UCGCGCGUGUAAAUCAACUGACUCUGACGACGGACAAUUCUGACUAUUCUGAGAGGAGGAGGAGGUCUAGGAGAGGCAUCGGGCGCCAGCGGAGCAAGCCAGAGAUUAAUGUAGAGAAAACUAACGAUCUAGUCAACCUGAGAGGAGGAGGAGGUCUGGGAGAGGCAUCGGGCGCCAGCGGAGCAACCCGGAGAUCUACGAAGCUUCGAUGCAGUCAACUCCGCUGCUGCGUAUCGGGUGAAUUGAGAGAAAUUAAACAUCUGAACAAUGUGAGAGGAAUAUAUGGACGGACACCAAACAGACUGUGUAGAUUCGGCGAAAUUACGAACACGUGGCGAGACGUGAAGCGGGCGUUGAGCCUGCUAUGCGUAAAGAAAUUUUCCGGCAGCGGAACAAUGCUGGAGGCGCCGCCCGGAAGUCGCGAAGAUCUAGUAGAGGCGGCAAGAACUCCAUGUACACCUACUGAUCUGGACACGAUGCUGUAUGGAUACACUAACGGCAUAUACGUGCUGGACCACACGCCCGAGUCCUUGCCGGACAUGGAUAUGCUGCAACUGUUCGCGUCUCCGGCAGGUCGAGCGUUGCUCACGAGCGACAAUCGGCCAAGGGGAUCAACGUCAACCUCCUCCUUAUCUCGAGAUUCCUCGUCGAGGCUGAAGGGCGGCAGAAGAUCAUCGGGCAACGGCACAGUCAGCGCACCAACGUCGCCACCAAGACGACGGAAGUCAAGCGCAGAACUCUAUAAAGAGGCGGUCGAGAUUCUUGGCCUCACUUGCUCACUAACCGAUAGUUGCCGAUGUAUCGAUUGCCAGAGCAACUAUUUCAACUGCGAAGACGAUUGUGCCGACGCCGGUACAGAAUUGGCUGCAGGCACUCCUAUUUUAUUGGACCACGCUCUGUCGCAUCAUCUGACUGUGUGUUCCAUACAGUAGCAGGCGACCAGCAGACAAAGACUUCGAAAUCGGCCCUCUGUUAAUCCGCUCUGCCACAUGUUCUAGAAGAGGAAGAUGACAUUAUUGGCGUGUUGACUUCUUUCGGCAAUUAUACAACAUUCACGUUAAAAUCAGCAGAAAUCAGCGAGACUGAGAGCAAACAGAGCGGCAACGAUAUUACACAGCAAUCGAACAUAUAACGGGAAAAUGGAAUUGUUUAUUUUUUGUUCCAUAAAGUUCAUGCAAAUAUACAUUCGCUUGACAAAUAAUUUAUCUAACAAUUAAACGAUUGGACGAUUAUUUGCUCAACAUGUGUACAUCGGACAAACGCAAAAGUGGUGUUCGCAGAAAAAUUUUCAUCCAAACACAUCCGAAUAUAAUUCUUUCGUAAUAAUAAUACAUCAUGAAUAUCGACGAAUUUAUAACGUAAGUGAUUAUAGAGUUGAUCUUUGGUAUUAUUAUUUGAAAAUGUUUCAUAUCAUUUUUUUUAUUCCAUAUUAUUUUAGUGACACAACGACUUUCACGUUUGUAUUUUUGAAAAUUUAAUUUUCGAAAAUUGCGUUUAGAAACGACGAGAAAGUACGGUUCAAAAAUUAGAUAAAUAAAACUAUGCCAAAUAGCGCCAAAUUUACGAUAGGAUAUCUUAAUUAAUAAUUAGCCUGUGCCGCGUUUGAUCAUCCAUGGGAUAAACGUAUCGAUACUAUUUAAUCGAAUUGCCCACACAUGCGCGGUAUAUGAAUUCUAUAUUAUAUACAUACAUGUGUGUAUGUGUGUAUACAAACGUGCAUAUUAUAUUUACACUAUAUGUUUUAUUAUUAAUAUUUACUUAAGAGUCUAGCGAAAUGCGAUUGUGGAACAGUAAAGUGCUCGUAGCUAGAUAAAAAGAGAUGAUCCAGGUGGUGGGAAUGAAUUUGCUCGAAAUUAUGUAUAGAUUUUACAUACCUGUCAUGCAGUUGAUUAUGUGUCUGAUUAAGUCUUCUAAAGAGUAAAUCUUCUUCUACCGAGAAUUCUUCAUGUUGAGUUAAGGAGGCGCGAGUAACGAUAUAAGUAGAUAUGCUUAUAUACGAGCAGAAGUUUCCUCAAUCUUCAGAACUUGCAUUGCGCGAAAAUAUAAUGCGAUUGCAAUGUAAAACAAUGUAUUGUCGGAAAUUUUUUAUCGUUAUAUAAGCAUAGUUUUCGUGAAACAAUUAAGUAAUAAAAUACAGAAGAUUGAGGACACAUAUACACCACUUCUCGUAGCAUAUAAUUGUAAUUGUAAGUGAUGUAACGAUAACCAAAGUGUUAGGCCUGAAUUACGUUGUGCACUUCGAGUUGAAUGACGCAAAUUAGAGAGACAUGAAUGAGAGCAAGCAUCGUUCUCACCGUGGAGAGAUUAAAAAAAGCUUAACAAUAUACGGAAGCAGGAUUUUGAAGAGGGUCAAGUGCCAAAUAUGUAACUCGUUGCUAAGCUUGCCAGAUAAAUAAUCGAAUUGUUAAGAAAACUUUCGCGUGUAUAUUGAUUAAAACGUUGCGCUAUAUAUUCGAACACUCCGACAAAAUUUUAUACCAAACUGGAGUAAAAUAUUUACUUCCAGAUUUAAUCUAUAGGAACCCGCGCGAUAAACAUUCUGCUCGCAAAACUUUUCGGCUGUGUAUCAAAUUUUUAGUUUGUUGAAUAACAUGUGGCGUUUUAUUGAAUCAUCGCAUUCUGUCUUUUAAAUCAUAUAAUUAUACAAUACUGUAUCUUUUAAACAUUUUGUAAUUUAUAAGGUUUUUAAAAAGUAAAAUAAUUGAAUUCUAAGUUAUUUACAGGAAUACCUCUAGAAAAAAAAUUUUAAGCGAAAGAUGUUUAAUAAUUGAUGAAGAAGCUACUAUUGUACAAUUUCUAUGCAUUUUGUCUGAUAAAACUUUCAUUAUGCCUAAUUAAAUACGAACAUUUCGAAUUUGAUAUUUAAAUGUGCUAUUACUAUUAAUUGCAUUUAAAGCGUUAAUUAUUCCUCACGUAAUUCUGUGUUUCCAAUUUAAUUUAAUUUUUAUCUCUAUUAUUUAUAGAUAGUCCGUGUGGUAUUAUAGGUUCUAGAUGAGACAAAUCUAGUCCUUGCUCGUCCAAAGAAAUAUCCAUAUGCCAUGGAACAAUGGAAUUCUUGCGUAAAAGCAAAUGUGAGAAAUUCAUUAUCAGAACAAAAUAGAGCGCGAUAUUUUUGUCUUUUAAGAAUUUUAUUUUUGUCUUUUAGAAUUUUAUAAUUUUGCAGAAAUCUGUAAUCUUACUAUGGUCAUGUUUUGCGACAAGAUAUCAUCGAUAGUAAACGUAAUAAAAAUAGUCAUGACGACCUAGCCAGCAACGUCAAGAUUCUUCUGAUUCGUUAAACAAGUAGGUUUCGUGUUCUUCUUAAACUAUACGCGAUUUAUUGUCAUCGUGGUUAAAAUUAUGAAAAUAGAGAAUCUUUCUGAAAAUAAUGUAAUUUCCUUUCAGAUGUGUGUGAAAAAAGGCACAACUCUGCGAAAUCGUCACCGGAGAUACAAUAACUGUCUUUAGUGAUCGAAUUUUCCAUUGGAAAAACGCUCUAAAAACAAAGCUAUAGAUUUUAUACAAAUGUCACGUAAAAUUAAAGUAGUAUAGGUCAAGUACAUGCAGAAUCCGUGCAUCAUAUUAUAAUUUUCGUCAGCUACAAAAAAAAGGUUAAGAAUCUUUCAUUUCAAUGACGUAAUGAGGAGAUCUCUAUUAUGCUGGAAAGUGUCUAAAAUAAAUGAUUGAUUAUACCAGAUGGCAUUUUCUUCUCCGUGCAUUAAUGGUUGAUUGAUCAACAGCGGCGGAUACCAGAUGACAUUCAUUGAUGUACCUUUUUUCACUUCAAGAUAAUGAUUAUUUAUCUUCAUUAAGAAGGCGCGCUAUAGCAAAGUGUUGGUAUGAUUGAGAUAUUAUCACUAAUGUUAUUAGGUAUAGAUAAGAAGAAAAGGAGCAAUCUUUAAGUAGAUGCGAAGUGGGAGAAAGCCACGAAAUUAGAAUCUUAUUCUUAUGAUUAAUAUAUCAAUUAAGAUAUUCUGUAAAAUCUAAUUUUUUGUUUCUAACUUUGUAAGAGACUGUUGCAUAUAAAAAUUUAUUAUUAUUAUGUGUAUACACUUAUAAAGUAUUAUUAUUUUAAACAUGUUUAGUAUAAAAUUAUGUUUACUACAAUUAAAUAUACAUAAUAUUGUAUUAUUGCUUGUAGAUUGUCAAGAUAUAUAAGAUUAUUAAUAUUUUGUAUUUCGGGGGCUUUCUUCCGCAUACAUCCGCAGUCAAUCAAGUUUUAGAAUGCACAUCCGUUACGUCGGAUUGGCUUCUUCUCAUCGACGAAAGUAACAGCGCAAUUAAUAAUCUUUUCAAAUAUAUUCGAGAGUCGCGAGAAAUCUCGCGAGGGUAUGUAAUGCAAAAUCUGUGGCUUCUAACCAUUUUAUAGUAAUAUAAAUUGCGAGGAAAAGUACGAGAAGAAAAUCCUCGCGAGUCGCUAUGGCGUACUCUUGAGUAAGAGAGACUAUUAUUAAAGUACGAUACAAUA